GUGUUUGUGGUUUGUUUGGUGGGUGUCCAGGACCUGUAUGCCUUUCUUCUUUUCAUCAAUGAAGCAGAAAUUCACGGCUCCGAGGCCAUCAACUUUUAGAAGUCGCUCUCUCUGAAGCAGUAAUUCGCGAAAGAAUGAGGGUUAAAAGUUUUGCAGGUUUUAAAGCCGGAUCUCGUGUGUUCUACACCAGUGAUGGUUUUUACUAUUAUAAAAAUCGUACGAUGAAUGGGGGAAGGGUGUCAUUAGAAUGCACUAUUAACCGCAAGAGUACUGGUGCUCGUUGUCCUGGAAGGGCGUCUUGCAACAACAGGGGUACAGAGCUGAAAGUGACUACCCCACAUAAUCAUGCAGGAAGCAAGUCAUUUAAGGAAAAGCGACAACUACGAAGUGCCAUCCUAGAUAGAUGUCGCACCAGGGACCCUAGUGCUUACCACGAAAUUGUUGCCCAGGAGAGUCAAGGAUAUCCUAGAAGAAUAAGAGUAGGUAAUGACCAUAAUACUUUAAGGUCUGCAAUGAGAAGAGCCCGUCUUAGUCGAUAUCCAAAGAUACCAUCAACGAUCAGUGAACUAGGAGAGUUACUUAGGAAAAGGAAAAAUAGACAAAUCACUAGAACACAAGAUGGAAGGCAAAACAUUUAUUUUGGUUCAGUGGGAUCCUCAAGGAGGAAGACACGUUGUGUCAUAUUUAUGAGUAAAAGACAACAAGCUCGUUUAAGGAGAGCAAAGAAAUUAUUUGCUGAUGGUACAUGGGAUGCAAGACCAUCAAAGCCCAAUUCUAGACAACUCUUCACCAUCUCAACUUGUACAAAAGACAAAAGAGGUCUUCCAUUGGCAUUUGUAUUAAUGCAGUCCAGGACUCAGCCCGCGUAUGAAGAGCUGCUUUCAACCUUGAGAGAUUGUGGAUGUGACCCACGAGUGGUUCAUACAGAUUUUGAAGUUGCUCAGUACAAUGCUUGGAAGACUGUCUUUGGUCGGCAGUUGAGAGUCGAAGGCUGCCUCUACCAUUACGUUGUUAGGCUAAGAGAGAAGGCCAAAAAGCUGCGUCUUGCUCAAUUGUUGAAAAGAAAUCGUCGUGCAGACUCCAUUGUUAAGAGCUGCAAUGCUCUGCCGCUUCUUCCUUCACACCGAAUAAGGAAGGGUCUGGCAACGAUUGAAAGGAGAGCAAGAAGAAACGGCCUGCAUGGGCAGUUGGCUCCUUUUUUUCAGUACAUGAGAACAACGUGGAUUCCACGCAGGAACAUUAUGUCGGUCUGCUACAGCGAAGACAGGACUAACAACAUUUCAGAGUCAUUGAACCAUGCCCUGUCCUUAGCUGUUAAGCAGAGAAGACCUAAUAUUUGGCUUUUCAUUGAUGCUCUUGUGAGGUUGGAAGAGAGGCUGGCACAAGACCUCUAUAAUCUCAGAAGGGGGAAACGUGUCAAUCGAUUGAGGAAGACUUCUGCUGUCAUGAAUGAUGACGUCAUCAGGCAGAUGACUGGUAGCUUAAACACUGGAGACAUCAGCUUGACAACUUUUCUGAAGCAAGCUGCAUAUCGUGUGGAGAAUGUAUGGAAUCCAGUGUAUGGAAAUUAGAUGUGUCCUUUUAGUGUAUCCUGACUCAAGUAUUAUUUAUGGAGUUCCUUGUGGUUGUUGAUAUGUGUAUUGUCCGUUUUCUGUCAACUGGUCAAAUGUUUGCAAACAGUUCACAAAUGUGUUUCUAAAAUUACUAUCCACGUUUUUUUUUGGUCACCCUUGUUUGGUGUCAUACUAAUAAGGUGCAUAAUUGUGUCAUAAGUGAGCUGCAAUAAGAAUUUAAGAAUUUAGUUAAUAUGUUAGAUACCAACAUUUUUUCCUUUCAUUCACAUUGCUUCAAAGUCUAUUCCCACACAGUGCAAAAAGAAAGGCUCUGUGACACAUUGAUAUAGCGGCAUCUUAGUGCUGAUUGCUUUAUGCUAAGCAUGUUCUAAAUAACUUGUACCUCUCUGUGUGGGACUCGUUCUUGAUCAAUAAACGAACAGUAAACAAACAAAGUAUUCUUUAAUCAAAUUUGACCAAUCCUGAGACAUUUCUACUUAUAGUUAUUAAUCACUAGUGAGGAAAAAUAUCCUUCAUUGUGGCCCAAUAAGCUGCACCACAGGUGCACAAGGAAAAGUUAUCCUGCUCAUUGCAUGCAAUUGAUAAUUCUCAAAAUGCACCACCUGAAGAGUGAGUAAAGCAGAUAAUAACAACAGUCUUUGAAAAUUGCCUUUAAUUACAACAAGACAAACACCUAG